AUGAGCGACAAGUAUCGCGAGGGCGGUGGGUCCGGCAAGCGUGGGGGAUCGAAGAAGGGCGGGCGUCGUGGGGGCGGCCGCAAGGGCGGGGGACGAGGUAAGCGAGAAAAAGAUGCGCCGGAACCCAAGCGGGUUCGGACGGUCAGCGAGCCAGAGGGUGGUUGGUCGGAAGAGUCGUUCCGUUUGGAUAUGACCUUUGCGGAUCUUGGGUUGGGUGAUGACAUCCUCAAAGCGAUCGAUGAGCUUGGGUUCAAGCAUCCAACGAAGAUCCAGGCGGAGCUUGUGCCGCUGGCGCUGACUGAGGUGGACAUCCUCGGACAAGCGAAGACGGGAACGGGGAAAACAGCGAGCUUCGCGCUGCCGCUGCUUGAGAUGAUUGAGCCGGGUGAUUCGAUGAGCGCGAUUAUUCUGGCGCCGACGCGUGAGCUCGCGGUGCAGAUCAAGCAGGACAUCGAGGAGCUGGCGCCGCAUACAGGAUUGAGCGUGUGCGCGAUUUACGGAGGACAAUCGAUCAAUGUGCAAGCGGAUCAGCUGCGGAAGCAUCCUGAGAUCAUUGUGGGGACUCCUGGACGCGUGCUGGACAUGAUCGAGCGUGGGUUCUUGUCGCUUGAGCACAUCGAGUUUGCGGUGCUCGACGAGGUGGAUCGGAUGCUGGACAUUGGGUUCCGCGACGACAUCCGCAAGAUUCUUGGGAAGUGUCCGAAGGAUCGUCAGACGAUCUUCGUGUCCGCGACCUUCACACCUGAGAUCGAGAAGCUGGCGCGGAAGUUCAUGCAGGAUCCGACGAAGCUUGAGGUUUCGGCGGGCGCGUUGACUGUAGAGCUGGUCAAGCAGGGGUAUGUGACGGUUGAGCCUUGGGAUAAGCGACGGAUGCUGGCGCAUUUGUUGACGCACGAGGAGCCGGCGCUGACGAUUGUGUUCUGCCGGAUGAAGCGGACGGUGGAUUCGGUCGUGCGGUAUCUAGAACGCAAAGAGAUCCCGGCACACGCGAUCCAUGGCGACCUCUCACAGUCCAAACGCAACAAUGUGAUGAGCAAGUUCCGUUCAGGAGAUCUGGCGGUGCUUGUCGCGAGCGAUCUUGCAUCGCGCGGGAUUGAUGUUGAGGGGAUCACGCAUGUGGUCAACUACGACCUCCCUGAAGAUCCGGAUAUUUAUGUGCAUCGCAUCGGACGGACAGCACGCGCGGGACGCAACGGGCACGCGUGGUCGCUUGUGACUCCGGCUCAGGGAUCACUGUUGACUGAGAUCGAGAUGCUGGUGAAUGCUGAGAUCCCGAAGAUGGACUAUCCGGACUUUGAGCCGCGCGAGCGUCCGGAGGACUGGAAGGACGAGCCGACUGGUGGUCGACCGACCUAUGAGGUCAAGGGCGUCAAAAAGGAAGCGAAGAACCGAUUCGCGGAGGAGGCUCCUCCAGCGGAGAAGGAAAUGAGCGAUGCGGAGAAGGCGGAGAAGUUCCCGGGUGGGGUGGUUCCUGCAAAGCGUCCUCCUCGUGUGAUGCGCGGGAAGACGCGGACGCGCGGGCGUUAA